AACUUGCGAUGCGCGCAAUGGCGGGGUUCAUGAAACUCUUUGCGGCCACUUCAGUUCCUGGGGUAUUGCGCAUCCCUGGCCGUUGGGUGUGGAGCGAGAAUAGCAUCGGUCCCUGGGGCUAUGUAGUGGUGCAAGAGGAUGCAGCAACGCUGGUGGACCCUCCAUAUUUCUCGCAGGAACUUGCCACACAAAUCCGCGAGAUAGCUCCAAAGGGCGUGUCUCACAUUCUCCUCACUCAUGAUGAUUUUGUUGGCAUGAGUGGCCAUGAGCAGUGGCAUCAAGAAUUCGACCAACAGCCUUUGCGCGUGGCACACCGUGCUGAUUGUCGCGGGCUGGAGCUCCAACUUGAUGGUCCUGGCCCUUGGAAGGUGGGAGACUUUGAGGUGUACCAUGUGCCGGGACACUCCGCUGGAUCUCUCUUCUACGUGCUUCCAAAGUUGUCAGCGAUUUUCACAGGGGACAGCUUGGGUGAUUGGUCUGGCCCCACCGGCUUCCCACAGCAUUGCCGCUUUGGGCGAAGCCGCCAAGCUGCUUCGUUGCGAGGCUUUGCAAAAUAUGUCGGCUUUGCUACUGCCGUGCUGCCGAGCCAUGGCAAGCCAAUGUAUUUCCAAAAGGAAGAGCAGUGGGUCGAAGCCAUCAAUCAGGCAGCAAAUGGGUUGGAGGGUUAGGAACAAUGCCAAUGUGCUCACUGCAGGUGUUGGGGCCAACCGUUGUUUUGAACUCUGCACGACUUGUAAAUUUUGCAGCCUGUUGAGCCGUACCACUAUUUUGCUACUUCCUUUGGAGGCAUGGCACUUGGAUGAUUCCCUGCUCCUGGUUUCCCUGGUGCAUUGAUUCGCUGAGUGCUUUGCAGUGCAUUGGUCAAUUUUUGGUUUUGGUUUGUACAGGAUCCCCUGAGCCGAAAUCCAUCCUCGCAUUCUUUUCCCAGAUUUCUGUGAAAGAUGAAGCUGGCUCUUGUUUGGCUGGCUGGAUCUUGGCUGGGAAUCAAUUCGUCCACGCAAAGCUUGGGCGGACUAUGAUGCAUUGUGUGUGAAGGGUUGCGGAAGCUCUGUCUAUGUAUGGGCUAGCAAUGGCUUGAGCGCAUAGACUAUAGACUUCCACGACAAAACUUUCGCACCCUGCACAUAAAAGAGCAUCAUGUUUUGUGGUUCGUCUCUUCAGCUGCCUUUCCUGCGCAGCCACUGCAUGAGACGCCGCAUCAGAGACAGAGCUGAAAAGGAG